CCAGCCCCUUCUUCCGUCACGUUUGCCUUGAGAGCUAAUGUUUCGUCUAUGUAUUUUAUAUUAUCUAUGCACGCAACGAUCUCGUGUUGAUAAUAAAAAUUGUGAUUGAUAACCCGGGAGAAUUCAGGAUGAUGUCCGGUAUCCUAGCACAAUCGGCGACACGAUAGCGUUAUCAAUAAACUUCGCUUGACAUAUCCAUAUAUAUAUAUACACAUAUAUUUAUAAGAGAAAUAUUUAGCCACCAGACAUGCUGCUCAGAAUAUAUUCGCUAUGUGUUCUAGCAUUGGAUCUAGUAAUGCUUUUUAUUGGAGUUUUCUGCGCAAUCCUAAUUGCAAUCUACAGAAUGUUUAGACCACCACCCUUAAAAAAUCUUAAUUUUGAAGUUGCUAUGAUUGUAGGCGCAGGACGUGGAGUAGGCAGAGAACUUGCUCUACAGUUGUGUCAAUUUGGCGUUGCGGUUGCUUGCAUAGAUAUUAAUGUCGAGACUUGCAUUGCCACUGUACAAAGUGCUCGACAGUUACAUGGAAUAUGUAAGAAUUACCAGUGUGAUGCGAGAGACAAGGAGGCAGUUGCUCGAACAGUGAAUCUCAUUAAGAAUGAAUUGGGAGACAUUACGAUGCUUUUCCACUGUUGCGGGUUGCCCAGUCCACGUACAUUAGUACAAGCAUCAGAAGUAAAGGACAUUAUAGAUUUAUCAAUCAUUAGUCACUUUUGGUUGUUGGAAUCAGUUUUGCCUUGUAUGCGACGUGCUGGCAAAGGUCACAUCACAAUCUUGUCUUCUGUUGCUGGCCUUUCCAAUGGAUCGAGUGGUCGUGGUACCAGGGUUCCCUUAUCUACUGCUCAAUUCGCAGUACAAGGAUUAGCAGAGUCCUUAUACAUGGAAUUGAGACAUUCAAAUAGCAAUAUCAUUGUUUCAUUGGUUCAUGUUUAUCCAUUUAUUGUUGGAACAGAAGCUGCGAAAGAUAUACGUUUUAGAAUACCAAGUUACUUUGGCACAAUGUCUGCCACAGAAGCAGCUAGACGAAUUUUAGAUGGCGUUCGCCGAAAUUAUGCAGAAUUUAGUGUACCAGGAUAUCUGCUUUAUCUUGGGCAUGUCCUUAGGAUUCUUCCAAAAAAGGCAUCCUUUAUGUUGCGAGAUUUGUUAGACACUGGAGUUGAUUUUGCAUGAUGUUACAAAGUAAUAUUUUAUUAAUAUUCUUUUGAUGCGAUUGUGAUAUUUUGUGCAAAUACGUGUUCCUUGUUGCGCACAGAAAUCAAAACUGCCAGUUAAAAUUUUUUCCAAAUUUUACUUAUUAAAAGUUUUUUUAUCAA